AUGCCUGGAACAGAAUUUGAAGUGUUAAAUAGUUCAUUCGACAAAUUUUGGACGAUACAUUUGAAAUUACGACACAACUCAUCGUUUACAUUUUCUUUUGAAAAUAAAGAACGAGAUCGGAAAAAUAAUAUCAUUCGAUUGAAACGAUUUUUACCUUCUUACGCAACUAAGCAAAAUGACGUCGACAUUAUUUUUAGUAAACUAUUAGAAAUCUUUCCAAAUGAACAACGAUGGCUUUCUGCCGUUAAAUGGGAUAUCAUGGGUAGUCAUCAAGAAUGGAUAUUAGAGAAUUAUUUAUUGGCUAUAGAUUAUUAUAAUAAAGCUAUUGAAUUAUGGAAAGAAUUUGGUAAAUCAGAUAUUGAUGCAAUCAAUGAAAUAGCGAAACUCUAUAAUCAAAUCGGGUAUUCUUAUCAAAAAUUGGCGGAAAAACAUCAUGAUUAUUCUAAAACAUUCAGUGAUAAAGUUCUACAUCAUUCAACAGCAAUUAAUUGCGAUCGUGUGGAUUCUCUAAAUCGAUUAAGUGAAAUAUAUGAGGUAAAAUCAAAGAUCGGUAGCAGUGAUCAAUCGAAACAAAAUUUCUUAUUAGCAAUUGAUUAUAAAGAAAACACUUUGAAGAAUUUAUUAAAUGAUGAUACUUAUGACGGACAUAGUGUCUCAUUUUGUAUGGAAAAGUUAGGCCAACUUUAUGAAUUAAACUAUGAAUUUGACAAAGCUAUUCACAUGUNUUUUUCAUGCGUAUUUUAUGCGAUAGAAGUGAGACAAAAAAAAUGA